ACUCGGGCGCUAGCAGGGGGAGCUGCUGCAGGCUCCGCGGCGGCGGCAACGGAGGCUGCGGGGGCGACAGCGCGAGCGGCCGGGCUUCGGGGGGGAGCCGAGCCCGGCCCGGGAGCCCGAGCAGUGCAAGUGCGAGGUACCUAGGCCCCUCACGCUGGACUCCUCAGUCUCCCGGCCGCCUGUCCUCCGCACGGGUAUAUGGGAUGGAAGCGGGACCCUCGGGAGCAGCUGCAGGUGCCUACCUGCCUCCCCUGCAGCAGGUGUUCCAGGCCCCUCGCCGGCCUGGCAUCGGCACUGUGGGCAAACCGAUCAAGCUUCUGGCCAAUUACUUUGAGGUGGACAUUCCUAAGAUUGACGUCUACCAUUACGAGGUGGACAUCAAGCCGGAUAAGUGUCCUCGCAGAGUCAACCGGGAGGUGGUGGAGUACAUGGUCCAGCAUUUCAAACCGCAGAUCUUUGGGGAUCGCAAGCCUGUGUACGAUGGAAAGAAGAACAUUUACACAGUUACAGCACUGCCUAUUGGCAAUGAGAGGGUUGACUUUGAGGUGACCAUCCCUGGGGAAGGGAAGGAUAGAAUUUUUAAGGUCUCCAUCAAGUGGCUAGCCAUCGUGAGCUGGCGCAUGCUGCAUGAAGCCUUGGUCAGUGGCCAGAUCCCUGUGCCCUUGGAGUCCGUGCAAGCCCUGGAUGUGGCCAUGAGGCAUCUGGCAUCUAUGAGGUACACCCCUGUGGGCCGCUCCUUCUUCUCACCGCCUGAGGGCUACUACCACCCGCUGGGGGGUGGGCGCGAGGUCUGGUUCGGCUUUCACCAGUCUGUGCGCCCUGCCAUGUGGAAGAUGAUGCUCAACAUUGAUGUCUCAGCCACUGCCUUCUACAAAGCACAGCCAGUGAUUGAGUUCAUGUGUGAGGUCCUGGACAUCAGGAACAUAGAUGAACAGCCCAAGCCCCUCACGGAUUCCCAGCGCGUUCGGUUUACCAAGGAGAUAAAGGGCCUGAAGGUGGAAGUGACCCACUGUGGACAGAUGAAGAGGAAAUACCGCGUGUGUAAUGUUACCCGUCGCCCUGCUAGCCAUCAGACGUUUCCCUUGCAGCUGGAGAGCGGACAGACCGUGGAGUGCACCGUGGCACAAUAUUUCAAGCAGAAAUACAACCUUCAGCUCAAGUAUCCUCACCUGCCCUGCCUGCAAGUUGGGCAAGAGCAGAAGCAUACCUAUUUGCCCCUCGAGGUCUGUAACAUUGUGGCUGGGCAGCGGUGCAUUAAGAAGCUGACUGACAACCAGACUUCAACCAUGAUAAAGGCUACAGCUAGGUCGGCCCCAGACAGACAGGAGGAGAUCAGUCGCCUGAUGAAGAACGCCAGCUACAACUUGGAUCCCUACAUCCAGGAAUUUGGAAUCAAAGUGAAGGAUGACAUGACGGAGGUGACGGGGCGAGUGCUGCCGGCGCCCAUCUUGCAGUACGGCGGCCGGAACCGGGCCAUUGCUACACCCAACCAAGGUGUCUGGGACAUGCGUGGGAAACAGUUCUACAAUGGGAUUGAGAUCAAAGUCUGGGCCAUCGCCUGCUUCGCACCCCAAAAACAAUGUCGAGAAGAGGUGCUCAAGAACUUCACGGACCAGCUUCGGAAGAUCUCCAAGGAUGCAGGGAUGCCCAUCCAGGGUCAGCCAUGUUUCUGCAAAUACGCACAGGGGGCGGACAGCGUGGAGCCCAUGUUCCGGCAUCUCAAGAAUACCUACUCAGGACUGCAGCUCAUUAUUGUCAUCCUGCCCGGGAAGACGCCGGUGUAUGCUGAAGUGAAGCGUGUUGGAGAUACGCUCUUGGGAAUGGCGACACAGUGUGUGCAGGUGAAGAAUGUGGUCAAGACCUCACCUCAGACUCUGUCCAACCUCUGCCUCAAGAUCAAUGUCAAACUCGGUGGCAUCAACAACAUCCUUGUCCCACACCAGCGCUCUGCUGUUUUCCAACAGCCAGUGAUUUUUCUGGGAGCAGACGUUACACACCCCCCGGCUGGGGACGGGAAGAAACCAUCUAUCACAGCAGUGGUAGGCAGUAUGGAUGCACACCCCAGCCGAUACUGUGCCACUGUGCGUGUACAGCGUCCACGGCAGGAGAUCAUUGAGGACUUGUCCUAUAUGGUGCGGGAGCUGCUCAUCCAGUUCUACAAGUCCACCCGAUUCAAGCCCACCCGAAUCAUCUUCUACCGAGAUGGGGUCCCUGAAGGCCAGCUGCCUCAGAUCCUUCACUAUGAGCUGCUUGCCAUUCGAGAUGCCUGCAUCAAACUGGAAAGAGACUACCAGCCUGGGAUCACGUACAUCGUGGUACAGAAGCGACAUCACACCCGCCUCUUUUGUGCUGACAAGAAUGAGCGGAUUGGGAAGAGUGGUAACAUCCCAGCUGGGACCACUGUGGACACCAACAUCACUCACCCGUUUGAGUUUGACUUCUACCUGUGCAGCCAUGCAGGCAUCCAGGGCACCAGCCGACCAUCCCAUUAUUAUGUCCUUUGGGAUGACAACCGUUUCACAGCAGAUGAGCUCCAGAUCUUGACAUACCAGCUGUGCCACACUUAUGUACGAUGCACACGUUCUGUCUCUAUCCCAGCACCUGCCUACUAUGCCCGCCUGGUGGCUUUCCGGGCCCGAUACCACCUGGUGGACAAGGAGCAUGACAGUGGAGAGGGGAGCCACAUAUCUGGGCAGAGCAAUGGGCGAGACCCCCAGGCCCUGGCCAAAGCCGUGCAGGUUCACCAGGAUACUCUACGCACCAUGUACUUCGCUUGAAGGCAGAACGCUGUUACCUCACUGGACAGAAGAAAGCUUUCCAAGCCCUGGGAGCUGUGCCACCCAAAUCCAGAGGAAGCAAGGCAGAGGGAGCUGGGGUCAGAUGGAACAUAGGAGGCCUUGUUUCUAUCUACAGAGGGGGUAUGAGGGUGGGAAGAGGACCACCAAGACAGAUUACCAGCCAGAAAUCUCUGAUAGCAACCUCAUGUCCUCCACCCCUCUCCCCAUCUUGUCACAUCCGACCCCCCUGGACCAAAAGGGGCAUUACUAGUGCCCACCAUACACACAGUUGUCUCAUGUGACUCACAGUGCUAAAGACUCAUGCUCGACAGCUUGCUAGGGUCAGGUCUGCAGCCCUGUGGUCAAAUGCUGGUAUGUUUGGGUUUGAUAUUCUAGAUGAGAAAGUGGGUGGGAAGAGGGAAGGAAUUUUUAGGAGCCUUAAUCAGAAAAGGUCUAGAUUUGUUGAAGAAAAAUGAAAACAGACUCAGAUCAAUAUUUUAGGAUACUAGAUGUUUUCAUGGGUUCAGAAUCCAGUUUGUAGGAAGAUUUUUAAUGCUAACGGUUUGGGUUGCUCCGCCCCAGCUGCCACCCCUCCCAUUAUUCCUCUCCAUGUUCUCUACCCCCACUCGCCUCUCCCUGACAGACAUCCAGCCCUAGUAACACUUAAGGCACUAUGGCACUUAGCUCUGAGGUGACACGACCCUGUCUUCCUUCCGCCUGCUGGUGGGUAACCAGUGCCUUCCCGUAAGGGUAAUGCUGCAGAACUGCAACCUUUUGUACCUUUCUCUGUGGGAUGGGGUGUGGGUGGGAGAGGAGGUAGGGAGGGAGGGACGAGCUAUCCCAAUGCCAGCAAGCCUACAGCCAGAAUGCCAGGUAAUUUUCAUUUGAAGGAAUUUGCUUCCAUAAUCAUUGAGCUUCUUAAAAAAAAAAAAAAAAAAUCACAACCUCAGAUGGUUAAAAUCCAUUGACAUUUGCACUUUCAGACAUGACUAGUCUCCGAGCUGCUGAGAUGACUGGCCCUUGGCCUUUCCCCUCUUCCCUGGCCCCACCUCCACCCCCACCCCACCCCCACCAUGCCAGGUCUAGAGCUACUGUCCUAGUAUUUCUCAUUCUUGGCUUCUUUCCCCCCUGAUGGUAAAGACUCUUUUGUUUCAAUAUUUCUUAACUGGGGUGUCUUACAACAGAAGAUCUUAAGGACUAACAUAAGAAAACAGAAAACUAAAUGUUAUUUUUAUACCAUAACUUGAGUCUAUUGCCAAAAUCUGAAAAUCCCUCCCAAACCUGAUGACUCUGCAUCCCAGAAACAUGGAGCCAUCAGAAGGAACUGUGGACCUGACUUGUAUUCUAACCUGGCCAAGGUGGGGGGUGGUUGUCUCCCCAAGGUGGGGCUUAGCCUCUAUCUUCCCUCUGUGCAGAUAAUACCUUGUUGUCGAGACGGCCUUCCUCCACGGCGCUGUCUGUCCCGCACUCUGCCUUGUAAGUGCAUCUUCCCUUUUUCUGGACUGGACUGUCCUUUGACUCCUUGACUAACCGAGACUCUAGCAUGUCCUCUGGACAGGCUCGAGAAUUUUGCUGCUCCCUUUUGCUUCUGUUUACACAAAUGAAAUUUUCCUGUUUCCCACUAGGGCAUGUGAGUGGGUAGCAUGGGCUUUUCUUUUUCUACCCCUCUCUUGAGAUACUGGGGUUGAGCUGUCUUGCAGGACUGGAAAAGAAGUGGGUUCUAGCUUUGUCCUUGCUGACCUUGAAGCGAGGCCCCCUCUUUCCUCGACUGUUCUUUUUUUCUUCCUGCAUUAUUGCUUGGGAUGGGGAAUUUGAACCUCUGUGUACAGGUUCCCCUUCUGAGGAGCCUGAGCUUAGGAUUGCCCUGCUCUGGUGAUGAAGCCAUGAUAUUUAGAUCUAGCCCAGGCAUAGAGGCCGCUGGAGAAAGGAAAGUCUGAACCCUGGCCUAUGGAGUCACAACCUUUCCCCAGGAGCCCUUGUACAGACCCAGGUUUGCUAUGCAAAUAGUCCAGGUUCAGUUGUGGCUGGCUACAUUGUUCAGUAACUUCCCAACAGGUAGCACAAACAUUCCUUAUGGGAAAAGCCCAGGGCUGUUCAGUAGUUCCUCCUGUACUUCUUUUCUGCUGGCUACAGUAUGGAGUGCCCCGUGGGCACAGGCCCAGCUGAAGAACACAAUGGAGGGCUCUGGGAAGAGGCAGCUCACUGGAGAGCCUACAUUCCUUACACAAGUGCCUAAACAGAGUGAUGCCAACACUCCAUCUGCCCUGCCCAUCGCCUUCAUAGACAGUCUACUUCCUGUUCCGUCACCCUUUGGGGAGGGAGCUCUUCGCAGACAGUGUGCUGUCAGCUUGGGUACAUUUGAGGGCUUGGAUUAAGGGCACUACUCCAGAAGGGUCCCGUCAUUCACCAGCAUUUGCAGAUGCCCGUGGGGAACAGGUGGCUGUCACAACUCCCAGCAACAAGUUUUUGUUCUUUCUUUCUUUGCCUCACUCUCUCCAGUUGGGUUUUCAGCUAGAAUGAAAAUGAAGCUUCAGCCCUUUGGUAUUUAUGUGCCAUCCAAGAAAUAAAAGCCAGAGAGUGCUGGGCGUGAUGGCCAUGUCUGUAGUUCUGUUAUCUCAGCACUAAGGCUGAAGCAGGAGAUUUGCAAGUUUGGGUCCACCUGGGCUGCUGAGUGUGGCCAGUGUGCACCAUGUAGCAAGACCAUGUGUCCAUAGAAAGGAAUGAGAAAAAUGACUUGGGGAAUACAUCUUGCUGUGAUGUUUAAACAAUUCUUUGAGAUUUAACUACUGACCCUGUAGGUUCUUCUCAUUUAAGGUGGUAUGAACACAUUAAAAACAGUGUCGCCAAGCCUCAGCUUGUUUGGAUUUGGUUUAAGUGGUGCAUUGUACCAAGCUCUGGGAGGAUUCCAACCUCAUCUUAGAGCUUUCUCCUCACCCCCACCCCCACUCCCACUGCCCCCCAUCCCCGUUUGGCUUUCCCUUUCCUCUUUUCGCCUCCCCUGGCUUCCUUUUCCUUCUCCCUCUUCCCUCAGCUUGCUUGCUGGCUGGCCUGCCUGCCUGUCUGCCUGUGUGAUAAUGAAUUCUCUGCAUGGCUGCAAUGAUCCCGCUGUUCUUUGGCAAGGUCAGGCUUAGCUCAUUGACUACAGAAGACCAAAAACCUGUUCCUCAUGCCCAGUGGUGUUAGCCCUGGGCUGCACUGUCCUCAAGCUUACACUAGGUCGGAGCAGCGGGCCUGCCUAACUGACAAAAUCAGGGAGGUUUCUGGCAGUCCCAGCACCUCUCCAUUUUGUGGAGAGGGUUUGGAAAAGAGGUGGUGAUGGGGAGUGCAGCUCUGAGUUCAGCCCAGUGUGACCCAGUGGUUGAGGUGGUAGUGCCAGCCUGCAGGGCCAGCCUGGAGCUGCUGUUGCUGGGAACUUAUGCUUGGACUCUGACUAAAGUCGAACAUAAGUAGGAAACUGCUCUAAAAAUCUAGUUCUCAGCUGCAGCAUGGCUCCUCUGUGGCUGGGCAGCAGUGUUUUUGAACAGUUUUCUUUUUAACCAGAAUUCUGUGAAUGAUGCCAGGGACAUAGUUUUCUUAGCUGGCCCAUGGGAAGUCUACAAGGCUGCUCAGACCUGGCAUCGGGCAUCACAAAGGAGGAUGGAAUUUCUUCCCUUUCAGGGUGGAAGAGUCACCUCUGACCUAGCCAAAAGGCAGUUUUGGGAACUCAUGUUGGGAGGAAGGAUUUCGUUUUAUUUGUUUUUUUUUUUUUUUUUUUGUUUUUUUUUUUUGUUUUUUUGUUUUGUUUUGUUUUACUGGGCUUUAGAUAACCCAGGAUGGUAGUUAAUUAUGCCUUCCUUGGGCAGGGAUUAUGGCAGGGAUAUGCAAGGCACUCUAAUACUUAGCCUUCUAAGCAGACUGGGAAAGGGGGAUUCUCUGGUUUUCUCUUUCUCCCCACUUACUAGGACUUGCCUUCUCCCUGAGCCACGAGAGAGGCUGGGUUGGUGCUCUCCCCUUACUCUGCUCCUACUGACUUAGAACCUCUGGCUGCUGUACGAUAGCCCAGGAAAGGGAAUGGAAAGAAUGGGCUCAAAACAGUAAUGUGAGGAAGGUGAUUCCCUUCCUUAAAAAGGGAAAUCAGAAACUCUCCAAGAAUUCUGUAAGUAAAGACAAUGUGUCUGAAUGCACUGAGUCCUCUGGUGUCAUAGCAAUAAGGAAAAAUGAAUUGACUUCCUGUGCACACAGUCCAACCUGAUGGGUGUAUGUUGUUGCACUUAGCAGCCAUGUGGUGGGCACGUGUGACAACUCUGGGUUUCACUUUAUUUUCUAAACUUCUUAUUCCUCUCAAGUCCAGCAUGGAUGGGGAAAUGUCCCUGGAGCCCCGCAGCUGUGUACUUGUUUGCAUUUGUUUCCCAUUGAGACUUGUGUUUGUGUCCUGCUUUGAGCUGUACCCUGUCCCGUCCAUUGUGAAAUUAUCCCAGCAGCUGUAAUGUACAGUUCCCUUCUCAAGCAAGCAACAGCAGCACAAUCCUGUGUUUUAUAAAGACAACAGUGGCUUUUAUUUCUAAAGUGUGGUCUCUGGCUUUUUUUUUUCCUGUCACAAAAUAAACGGUGUAUUAAUUACA